AUGAGCGGUGCAGACGCUGGCGCCGGUGUCCCUUCGGCAACGGCCGCGCCAGCGGCAGCGGCGGCCCUGCCUGGUGCCGUGCCUGCACCGCCCCAUGAGACGCUGACCACAGCCUCCGCUCCACAGUCCCUGCCAGCCCUUCCAGAGGAGGCCGAAGCGGGCGACGGACGAAGGGAGGAGUCAGACUUGUUGCAAUACUCGCAGACUCUGGGUAUCGAUCUCACCCAGCACUCUGACUUGCUUUGGGUCGUCCAGGAGGCCUUCAAUGCGCCACUGCCAUUGAGCUGGACUGAGUACACCGACGACGAGGGCCGUGUUUACUUCUUCAACCAGGCUGCCAUCGCUGCAGAUCCUUCCGAUGGUGCUGGUGUUGUGGUGGUGGAACGGUCAGACCAAGAGUUGGCAGCCGCACUGUCACAGCUGGACACGGCAGACUUGAAGAAGCUGAAGUCCGCCGUGGCUGGUGGCCAACGAGUGGUUGUCGUGGGAUGGGGCCCGGUGGGUCACGCUGUUGUGGCGAAGCUCUUGGCCAAAAGCCAGGGAGCUCUGCAGAUUGUGGUCAUCAGCGAGGAGAAUUACCCCGCCUACAACCGAGUAAAGCUGACCACUUUCUUCGAGCACCGGGACCCCAACCAGUUGGCGCUCAGCAGUGUCGAGUGGUGCCAGUCCAAUGGCGUGGAGCUCCUCCUCGGCAAGGCGACAAAGAUUGAUCGUGGUGCGAAAUCUGUCGAGUACACAACGGCGAAAGGUGAAGUCAAGAGCACUGCGUACGACCAGUUGGUGCUGGCCACUGGGAGCAAGCCAUGGCUCCCCCCAGUACCUGGCCUCUCUCUGGAUGUGCCUGGCGUGCAUGUCUACCGGACCAUCGAUGACCUCUUCCAGGUCACCGAAAGGGCCAAGAAUGCCAAGGCCGCGGCAGUGAUUGGCGGGGGCCUCCUUGGCCUCGAAGCCGCCAAGGCAGCUUAUGACUUGAAGCUUGAGACGUACGUGCUGGAGGUGGCGCCCGGCCUGAUGCCUGUGCAGCUCGAUGCUGAGGCCGGCGGCAUGCUGAAAAGCAAGAUCGAGUCGUUGGGCAUCAAGGUCCACACGGGCGUGAAGGUCCUGGAGAUCCAGCAGGGACAAAGCGGGUUGACAGGAGUGAAGAUCGAGGUGGGCGGACAGGAGCAAGUCCUGGAUGUCCAGCUCCUCAUCGUAGGCGCGGGGGUGCGACCGCGCCAGGAGCUUGCUGAAGCGAGCGGAUUGGAGUUGGGCGGUCGAGGCGGCGUGAAGACAGACCACACGAUGAAGACCGUCACGGACGAGCAUGUGUGGGCAGUCGGCGAGAUUGCCUCCUACAAUGGCGGCAUGUGCUACCAGCUGUCUGCACCAGGCUAUACGCAAGCCGAGGUUCUCUCAGACCACAUGACCAACCCUAGCGCAGAUUCCAAGUUUAUGGAUGCAGACCUGUCCACGAAGCUGAAGUUGCUGGGCGUGGACGUGGCGUCAUUCGGUGGCUCCUCUGACUUUUGGUUCAAGCGCCAGUACACCUCAACAGAUCCUGAGCAGGUCAAGACGGCCGUGGCCAAGGAUGAGGCCAAGGGCACUUACAAGAAGCUGGUCUUCACCGCCGAUGGCACGAAGCUUCUGGGUGGGAUUUUGGUGGGUGAUAUCUCCGAGUUCGCCUCCCUCACUGCCGUGUCCAAGCGAGCGGACAUUGGCGGCCUCACCCCGGAAGAUCUCAUGGCUGGGAAGAUGCCCAAGGUUGACGAUGGAGGUGAUGGGACCAACCUCGGGGACGACGACCUCGUGUGCAACUGCCACUCAGUCCCGAAGAAGGUGAUCCGGGAUGCGAUCAAGGGCGGGGCGCACACCUUCGAGGACAUCAAGAAGUGUACCAAAGCUGGCACCGGAUGUGGCACCUGCAUCCGAACGGGGCCGCAGCCAAAGCUGCUGUCGCACACGCUGAACUCCAUAGGUGUGGAGAAGGGCUGCUGCAAGAGCCUUCCGUUCGAGGCUGAUGACAUCGAAGACCUGGCAAAGGCCCGGCAGCUCAAGACUUACGACGAGCUGGUAAGUAACUUGGGAUACCCACCAGCUGCGGCGGAGGGUGACAAGACGGUGCUGGCAGGCGUCCUCGACAGGAUCGGCGGGAAGCCCAAGGGCGAGGGGAUGGACCACGCAGGGCAGCUGAAGGCACUGAAGGACGACCUCUUCAAGUUUGUGGACAAGAUGAACUGCAAUCCCAUCCUUCUUCGGCUGGCUUGGCACGAUGCCGGCACCUAUGACAAGUCCAAGACCGACUUCGGGGAUCGGGGCGGCGCCAAUGGCUCCAUCCGCUUCUCCCCGGAGAUUACCAUGGGCGCCAACAACGGCCUGGACAAGGCUGUGAAAUACCUGGAGCCCUUCAAGGCUGACUACCCAUUGGUGUCUUAUGCCGACCUCUACCAGAUGGCAGCGGCGGUCUCCAUCGAGCAUGCCGGUGGCCCCAAGAUCGACAUGAAGUACGGCCGCAAGGAUGCGACAGGCCCGGAUGCCUGCCCCGGUCGUCAAUCUCGAGGCACGGCCGACAACGCGGGGCUUCCCGACGCCGAGCCCGGCUCGGAGGGCAAGUUCGGCUGUGGUGCAACAGACCCGGCUACCCACCUGCGCAACAUCUUUUACCGGAUGGGCUUUGAUGACAAGGGCAUUGUGGCGCUGUCCGGAGCCCACACGAUUGGCCGAGCUUUCAAGGAGCGCAGUGGGACGGUGAAGGAGGGUUAUGGCGAAUCCAAUGGCUGCCCAUACACCAAAGCCCUUCCUGUGUCCUGCCCCAUCAGACACGAUGGAAAGGCAGGAGUGGGCAUGCCAGGCGGGAAGUCCUGGACGUCAAAAUGGCUCAAGUUUGACAACGAAUACUUCCAGCCCUCCGUGUACGAAGAGAAAGAUGCCAACCUGCUAUGGCUCUCUACAGAUCGAUGCCUUCACCAGGACGAGGGCUUCAAGAAGUACUUCAUGCAGUACCGGGAGGACCAGGGAGCCUUCUUCAAGGACUUUGCAGAUGCCUACAAGCAACUCUCUGAGCAAGGGGCAGAGUUUGAGCCAGCCGGUGGAAUUUCAAUUUGA